CUGCCACUCCUUCACCAGGCCCACUGGCCCAGCUUCCCCCAGCCGCGCCGCCCGCCGCCGCUGGCAAGGAACCGUGGGAGUCUCCCGUGCCCCCUGCGCGCGGUCGUUUCGCCUGUCGGUUCUCCGGCCCACCGCCAUCUCGUGCAAGAACGGCGGCGGCUCCCUCCCUCCCGGCGGCCGCUUGUCCGGUCCAAGAUGCUGGGGUUCUCGACCGGCCAGUUGCUGGUCAUCCUCGGCGCCUGCUCCGUCAUGAUGAAGCCCAGCGACAUGGUGAAGAUCGCGAGGACAGCCGGGAGGAUGACCGGGAGAGCGGUCGGGCGGCUCAUAGUGGCGCGCCGGCAGCUGGAUGAAAUUCUAGGGCAGAGCUCAGCCACCAAGGUUCAUAAGGAGCUUAAAGAUGCAAUGACACAGUUAGAUUCGAUUCGUUAUGAAGUACAGAACUUAUCUAGAUUAACUCCUGGCCAGUUUACCAUGAGGCAGCAUAACACUGGCAUGACUGAAGCAUCUGAUGCCUCUGAUGGUUCUGCAACUAAGCAAGAAGAAUUUCGUCAUGAAAUUCGAAGUAUAAUUCGUGACGAAAUUGAAAGCUAUUGUAGAACACGACCUGAUUUCAUUCAGAACUUUGCAAACACAACUGAAGCUAGAAAAUUUGUGGCUGAUGACCCUAUGACACUGAAUUCCAAGGACAUGAAAAUGGCUAAUGCAAGCUCUACAAAUCUACACAGCCAAGCAAUGACUUAUGCAAGGUUAUCUGAAGCCCCAGGAAUUAAGAUGACUUCUACCUUGAGUGGGAAUGAUCAAGAUCAAUUUAAAGAGAGCAAUGGGUUGCUAAAUGUACUGCCAAUAUCAGCUGAAAGUGCUGGAUUACUUCCAAAACGUUCAGAUGGACCAACAGGCUCAGACCUAGUCCUUGAGGCUGUUCUUGAAGCGGAGGUUGCAGAGAAUGCCAAACUGUUCAUCUCGCAACCUCAUGAUCAGUUGCCUAAGGAGUGAUGAUGAUGAUGUGCUUAAACUGGAGGUUGCAACGAACACCAAACUGUUUGUCUCACAGCAUCGUGAUCAGUUUCCCAUGGAGUGAUGAUGAUGACGGUAGUUUUUGAUCUUUCAAUAGAAUUUGGUAUACUAGUUGUACAUUGAACUUUGUAAAACCAAAGACUAUCCUGAUGGCCGAUGAGCAUGCACUUUUCUUGAUCUUAGUGGCACUCUCGGACUAUGUAAAACUUAGUGGAGAUGUUGGUAUCUUGAGUUGUUGACUGGUACAGAUAACAGAUGGCCUAGUAGUCUAGUUUUACAUCAAUCUAUAUGGUCUCUGCUUCAGAAACAGGACGAUCGCAGCACCUUCUUGUGCUGUGCAAGGAAUGCUUCAGACUCAGGAUGCAGCAAUGCAGCAGCCUUUCUGCCCUGAAGUGGAUGGAAUGCUUUCUUGCUCUGAUUUAUAUUGUGUUUUUCUGUAGCUAUUCGUCAUCUUUGUCGGAUUGCUUUAGCUUGUGCGUAGUAGUUGAUCUAGAGAUGUAUGAGGAUGUCUAGAGAUGUAUGAGGAUGUUGAACUGGGUUAUCUGAUCCUAUGGAUCAGAGGUCGAUGUAUUCUUUCUGUUUCUAUAAGAGUUUUAAAUGCCACUAUUUGGGCAUGUUAUGCUGGU